AUGCCGCACGUCAAUGAGGAUAUUAGUCUGGAGGUGAAGGAGCUCUGGCGACCUUCGGCCCCUGAGAAAACGCAGAUUUAUGAUUUCAUGACCAAAGUGAGCAAAAAGCAUGGACUAGAUUUGGAAAAUUACAAUACUCUCUGGCAAUGGAGUAUCUCAGAACCGGCCAAAUUUUGGGAAGAUAUCUGGCACUACACAGGAAUACAAGCGCAUAAACCGUACAAGCAGGUUCUUGAGUCAGAUCAAGAGCUGUUUCCCCGGCCGGCAUUUUUCGAGGGGAGCACGUUGAAUUUCGCUGAGAAUCUCCUGUACCCGUCAAGCAUGCCGGAUGAGAAUUCAAUCGCUGUGAUCGGCGCUACAGAAGCUGACCGGGAGUUUAUCUCUUGGAAGGAGCUUCGAGAGCGGGUUCGAAAAUGCGCCCGCGCUCUCAAAGACGCAGGUCUGCAAACGGGUGACCGUGUGGCAGGUUUUGUCGGCAAUCAUGCCAACACUGUCGUGGCAAUGCUGGCUGCCGCCUCUAUUGGCGCCUUCUGGACGGGUGUGUCUCCGGAUACCGGUGUGCACGCAGUUCUCGAGCGCCUCAAACAGAUCCAGCCUAAAAUCCUCUUUGCUGAUAACUCGUCAUUGUACAACGGCAAGGUUCACGGGUCUCACGCCAAAGUAUGCGAAAUAGUUGCUGAAUUGCCUGACUUGGAGAUGUUGGUAGUGUUUGAGACUUCGAAGUCUCUGGAAUUCAGCCUCGAUGACCUUCGCCCGAAAAAUGGGACAGCCGUGACAUAUCAUGAUUUCGAAGACUCUAUUCAGGAUAAAUCAGCACCGCUGGAAUUUGCGAGCUUGAGGCCCGAUCACCCAGUUUAUAUCUUGUACUCUUCGGGAACUACAGGCGCACCGAAGCCCAUUGUUCAUGGAUCACUGGGCACAUUAUUGCAGCACAAGAAGGAGCACCUUCUCCAUUGUGAUAUUCGGCCUGGUGACCGGCUUUUUUACUUCACCACAACAACUUGGAUGAUGUGGCAUUGGUUAGUCUCUGGUUUAGCCAGUGGCGCUACCAUUGUUCUGUAUGAUGGAUCUCCAUUCCGACCUUUCGAUAUCGAGGGGGGUAAUGGAGAAAUGGCCAUGCCACGUCUGAUUGAUGAGCUCCAAAUCACUCACUUUGGUACCUCAGCAAAGUACCUCUCCAUGCUGGAACAAGCAGCCUUGAAUCCCCGCAAACAUGCCCACCGAGCAGUCUCUCUCAGCACAUUGAGGGCAAUUUUUAGCACUGGAUCCCCCUUGGCCCCAUCAACCUUUGAGUAUAUCUACACUUCUAUCCAUCCGGACAUCAUGUUAGGUUCGAUCACUGGCGGCACGGAUAUUCUGUCCUUGUUCUGCUCCGGAUGCCCAAUUCUUCCUGUCUACAAAGGUGAAAUCCAGUGCCGCUCCCUUGGUAUGGCAGUAUCCGUGUUUGAUUAUGCUGGAAACGACAUCAGUGCCUCAGGCGAGCCUGGCGACCUUGUUUGCACGGUCCCGUUCCCAGCACAACCAGUUAUGUUCUGGCCUCCCGGUCCCAAGGGCCUGGAAAAAUACCGCAAGAGUUACUUUGACGUCUUUGGCCCUUCAAUUUGGCACCACGGAGAUUUCGUACGCGUGAACCCACGAACCGGCGGAGUGGUUAUGCUCGGCCGCAGUGAUGGAGUGCUCAAGCCUUCCGGUGUUCGCUUUGGAAGUGCCGAGAUCUACAACGUCCUUCUGAAGCAUUUUGCCGAUGAGAUCGAAGACUCUCUCUGCGUUGGCCGGAGACGUGAGGGCAUUGAUACCGAUGAGACUGUGGUGCUAUUCAUGAAAUUGGCACCCGGCUGUUCCUCUACUGUGUCGGAACUGGCAGCUCGUAUCCAGUCCAUUAUUCGCAAGGAGCUAAGUCCCCGCCAUGUUCCAGGCGUCAUUGAUGCUUGUCCUGAAAUUCCGGUAACUUCUAAUGGAAAGAAGGUUGAGAAUGCGGUCAAGCAGAUAUUAUGUGGACUCAAUAUUAAAAUCGGUGCGAGUGUUGCCAAUGCUGCUUGUCUUGACUGGUACCGGAACUGGGUUACGGAACACCCAUAA